AAACAAAAAUCAAUUGGUAUAAGAUCGUAUUGCAAAAUAAUUGUACGGUCAAUCGAGAUGUUUGUUACGUCGAUCUCUUGACCAUCGAGUUCUCGGCCAUCUUUCCUUCUUUACGCAAUUAGUCAUUAGGUUCGACUCAUCGCGCCACAUCGAUCGCGCAAGAUGUUCUAAACAAAUAUGUACUAUCUUGUCGGAAAACAUCGUGUGCCACGUCGGUUAAAUGCAAGGUCAUUUUUCGGUACGAAUCAUUCAGUUUCACACAAGCAGCUCCGUCGAACGUGUUGACUGAAAGCAUGGCGCUCCUCGCGAAAAUCGCCAAGUGUGAGGUACGAAAAUAUGUGUCGCCUUCGCGUUCGGUAUGCCGACUGUCAUUUCACUCUUCGAAAAUUCUCGUUGCGUUGUAGCUGCAAUUGCAGACUGCAUUUGAACGUAAUAGUGCAGGAAAUCGGACCAUCUAGUGGAUAUCCGACGAACUGCAAGAACUCUGCGUUAGCGCGAAAAUCGAUCUGCAAAUUGUUUCGUGCAUCUCAUGCUUCAACGAUUUUUUUUUCAGUGCGUGCAUAAAUCUAAAUAAUUAUUUUUAUAUUCGUAAUAGUGAAUCUCGAGUGUUGAUAAAUCGACAUGUAAAACUCGGUUUACCAGAUCCUAUAGCAAUGCCGCCCCAACGAUUAAAAUGUACAUCGAUGGACAAUUUAUAGAAUCAAACGCCACAGAGUUCACCGAUGUCCAUGACCCAGCAACGAAUCAAUUGUUGUGUCGUACUCCAAAAUGCACGAGGGACGAGAUGGAGAGUGCGGUACAGAGUGCACGAAAUGCAUAUGAAAAGUGGCGGCACACCAGCGUACUAACGAGACAAAAUUUGAUGCUAAAGUACCAAGCUCUUAUUCGCGAGCACUCGAAAGAGAUUGCGGCGAAUCUCGUGAAAGAAAAUGGAAAGACCAUGGCUGACGCGGAGGGAGAUGUGCUUCGAGGUCUUCAGGUCGUCGAUGCGUGCACGUCGAUCCCGAUGCUCCAAAUGGGAGAAUCCUCGACCAACAUCGCUACAGACAUGGACAUCAUCUCGUACAAAGUACCCCUCGGUAUUACCGCAUCCAUUUGUCCCUUCAACUUUCCCGCGAUGAUACCGCUUUGGUCGUUUCCGAUAUCGGUCGCAUGCGGAAACGCCGCUAUCCUGAAGCCGUCGGAGCGGGUACCAGGUGCGUCUAUGAUCCUCGCUGAUCUCUUCACGAAAGCCGGUGCACCAGCUGGUAUUUUAAAUGUAAUACACGGCCAACAUGCAGCUGUGGACUUUAUCUGCGAGCAUCCCGAUAUUAAGGCUGUCUCGUUCGUCGGUUCCGAUCAAGCGGGCAAGUAUAUUUACAAGCAGAGCAGCGCGCAUGGCAAAAGGGUACAGUGCAACAUGGGCGCUAAAAAUCAUUGCGUCGUUCUGCCAGACGCGAAUAAGAACAAAACAUUGUCGCAAAUCGCCGGGGCGGCUUUCGGCGCCGCUGGGCAGCGAUGCAUGGCGCUUUCGGUGGCCAUCUUCGUUGGUAAAUCCAAGGAAUGGAUACCCGAACUGGUGGAGGCGGCGAAGAGAUUGAAGGUAAACGCCGGUCACGUGCCCGGUACGGAUCUAGGGCCUGUUAUAUCGCCGCAAGCGAAGCUGAGGAUCAGCGAACUGGUCGAAUCCGGUGUUAAAGACGGCGCGAAAUUGGCCCUCGACGGAAGGGGUAUUGUUGUGCCCGACUACGAAAAUGGAAACUUUGUUGGGCCCACAGUGUUAACUAAUGUUAAGCCUACAAUGAAAUGUUACACGGAAGAAAUAUUCGGGCCCGUUUUAUCGUGCGUGUUUGCUGACACUACCGACGAGGCCAUCGACAUCAUCAAUAAAAAUCCUUACGGCAAUGGCACGGCAAUUUUCACGACAAAUGGCGCGACAGCCAGAGCAUUUGUGAACAGAAUCGAAGCUGGCCAAGUCGGCGUCAACGUUCCCAUACCCGUCCCCCUACCAAUGUUCAGUUUCACCGGCAACAAAGGUUCCUUCCUCGGCGAUAUGCACUUUUACGGAAAAUACGGCGUAAAUUUCCACACACAAACGAAGACAAUAACACAGCUAUGGAGAUCUAGCGAUGCUACCGACAUCGCGUCAUCGACGGCGAUGCCUACUAUGCAAUAAAGCUGUAAUUAUGUGUAAUUUUACGGCAUUACAACGUACCAAAACUUCACUCAACUUAAUUGUGUUCUCAAAUUUUCAUAAAUAAGGAAACUGUAGAAAACCGUACAGAACUUAAUUUUGCGGCUCGUUACGCAAUUAUAACAAUGUCUUCCAUUGUUAUGUACAAAACGCUGUUCCUACUAAUGUUGAGUAUAUUUUUAUGGCCUAGAUAGACUAUAUAUAUUUUAUAUACCACAAUAAAGUAUAGUCCAAAUAUCCAAAUUCUUUAUUUGUGCCUUGAAAAUAAAAAUUUGUUUACAUUAAUUAAAAUCAAUUAUAGAAGCUAAACAUAGUAUGAAAUUAAAUAAAGAAUUUAUACCGCUAUCUGUACAUAAUCUAUUUAAGUUAAUAUAUUUUAUUAUUAUUGAAAAAUAUUUCUUACAAAUAAAAUUGAUUAUUUAUA